CAGCACGUUUCCUGUCUGCACAGGAACACACGAACCGCCGGUCAGUCAGGCGGCAGAAUACGGAACACAACUGCUGGUUAACGGCUGGCAAACGACCACAUGCCGACAGCGGUUAGUUAAUCUGAAGCUGCUCGCUUAUCUGUCUUCUCGUGUAAUGACUAUCAACAUGACUGCGUUUGCUCAUAACUGCGCCACUGGUUUAGACCACUCUGCCUGUAAGUAAACUAACUAGACAUACAGCACGUCCCCUCCCUCCUUCUCCACGGCCGCGUUCAGCUCCUAGUCUCCGGUAUCGGGUAUCUCUCAAUGGCGGAGCCGGCAGAACCAGCCCGGGGAAGCGUGGAGGAUGAGAAGACGGAUGAUAUCAACGACGCAGAGCUGGCACUGAAAGGAAUCAACAUGCUGCUCAACAAUGGUUUCAAGGAAAGCGACGAGCUCUUCAGAAUAUACAGAAAACACAGUCCUUUGAUGAGUUUUGGGGCCAGUUUUGUGAGUUUUCUGAACGCCAUGAUGACGUUUGAGGAAGAGAAAAUGCAGAUGGCCUAUGAGGACCUCAAGGCUACAGAGAGACUCUGUGAGAGUGAAAACACUGGUGUCAUUGAGGCCAUUAAAAACAAGAUCAAGAGGAGUAUGGACUCACAGAGGUCGGGGGUGGCUGCAGUGGACCGGCUUCAGAGACAGAUCAUCAUCGCAGACUGCCAGGUUUACCUCGCAGUGCUGUCAUUCAUCAAACAAGAGCUGUCAUCAUACAUCAAAGGAGGCUGGAUCCUCCGUAAAGCCUGGAAGAUGUACAAUAAAUGUUACAGCGACAUCACACACCUGCAGGAGGGCAGCAGAAGAAGAGCCUCCGAGCAGCAAGCGAUAACGCCUCCAUCUCUGUCCUCUGACUCGUCCAACCACAGCCGCUCGGCUUCACCCGGGCCGAGCCCUUCCCUGAGGCUGGACGGCGUCAACCCAGAGGCUCUGGACCGGCUCAAAGGUUCGGUCAGCUUUGGUUACGGCCUCUUCCACCUCUGCAUCUCGAUGGUACCGCCGCACCUCCUGAAGAUUGUCAACCUGCUGGGUUUUCCUGGCGACCGGCUACAAGGCCUGUCAGCGCUCACGUACGCCAGUGAAAGUAAGGACAUGAAGGCCCCCUUAGCUACCCUGGCCCUCCUGUGGUACCACACAGUAGUGCAGCCCUUCUUUGCUCUGGACGGCACAGACACACAGACGGGCCUGAUGGAAGCAAAAGCCAUUCUUCAACAAAGAGAGGCCAUCUAUCCAAACUCCUCCCUCUUCAUGUUUUUCAAAGGCAGAGUCCAGCGCCUCGAGUGCCAGAUCAGCAGUGCCUUGACGUCCUUCCGUGAUGCCUUAGAUCUGGCCUCUGACCAGAGGGAGAUUCAGCACGUGUGUUUAUAUGAAAUAGGUUGGUGCAGCAUGAUCGAACUGAACUACAGAGAAGCCUACAGGGCCUUUGAGCGACUGAAGUCAGAGUCUCGCUGGUCCCAGUGCUACUACGCCUAUUUAACUGGAGUCUGCCAAGGAGCCACAGGUGAUCUGGAGGGAGCUGUCAAGGUUUUCAAGGAUGUUGAGAAACUUUUCAAACGCAAGAAUAAUCAGAUAGAGUUGUUCUCCAUGAAGAGGGCUGAGAAGCUAAGGACCCCCAGUCUAUCCAAAGAACUCUGCAUCCUGUCAGUGAUCGAGAUUCUUUAUCUGUGGAAAGCUCUGCCCAACUGCUCCACCGCCAAGCUGCAGACAAUGACACAAGUCCUGCAGGGGAUUGAUGAUGCCUCAUGUGCAGGCCUGAAAAACCUGCUUCUUGGUGCCAUAAGCAGAUGUCUCAAUAAUACCAAAGAUGCCAUUCAGUUUUUCCAUCUGGCUUCAAGGGAUGAGGUCGGCCGUCUGAGCAACUCUUAUGUGCAGCCCUACUCCUGCUAUGAACUGGGUUGUGUGCUGCUGAACACACCAGAGUCUGCAGGGAAGGGCAGAAUGCUGAUGCUUCAGGCUAAGGAGGACUACGCCGGCUACGACUUUGAAAACAGGCUCCAUGUUCGUAUUCAUUCAGCUCUCGCCUCCAUGAGGGCUGCUGCUGCUCAACCCUGACAUUUUAUCUGCACAUCAGAAGAAGUGGAAGGAAAGCCUCAAUACCACAUGAGUUACUAAUGUUACACUGUUUUGUUUUAUUUAUUUUCAUAUUCUGAGCCAAUGCAUCAUUUUUAAAAUGUGCACAAUAUACACUGUAGGUGUUUUAUGGGAGAGUAGAUACAAGGCGUUUAAUUUAUCUGUUACUGUACUUUAUGAUAAAUGAAUACAUUGGGUUUUUAUUGUUUACACGGUUAAUUUCAUGCCAGUCAGAUUCGUGGAAACUUAUACAUUUUGCUUCCACAGAGGAACAUUUUUUCCUCUGCUUUGGGAAAAAACGUCAGGUCAAGUAGAGUAAUGGCACAUAUCAAGUAUUAAAUGACAAAUCAGUUAAAUGAAUGACUUAGCCAUCUGAGUGUGUGGCUUUGCUAAUACAUAGGCAUGAGUACUUAACAGUGAUUUUUUUUAGCAUAG